UCUGUCUAUGACUGGCUGUUUUCUUCCCCGUUUGGGAAAAUCACUCUUCUGAUUGGCUAAACCAGGUAUCCAUCAGCCAUGACAGGCAUUGGUGUACAUAAUGUGUUUCAGAAAUGAAACCAAAUUUCGCCUCUGACUCAAAAAUAAACAGGAAAACAAAGCCUAGACGUCUUCUAUAAACAAGGGCUCGGCAAUUCUCGUUGACGAUCAGUCCACCUGCGUCAAAGGGUGAAAUUUAAGCGGCAAUCCCUUUACGUGUAAUAAUCCUGGAAUGGAGCUAAACUAUGCUUGGUCAACAAAGGUGGGCUAUUUUCUUGUUUGUAGGCCUAAAUACGCGUAGCCGAAUAAUUUUCCAGGUAAGCUAUUUGCUGAAUACAUGAAGAUGCAACAAUAUUUCCACUUAUAUGUAGAUUAUAGCAUAGGAGGAGGCUGGCUGCGUGUACCUCGGCAUUGUUGCCUUUCAAAAGGCCAGCAGCACAAGGAACGCUUAUGUUUAUAAGUUAAAAUCAGAGCCAUAGGCUCUACGUAAAACAGUAGGAUAUUUGUAGGCUGUAAUGUGGUUUAAAACGCUCUCUGUCUCAAUAUCCGUGGUUGUGAUUCCGCUGGAGUCGCAGAGCACAUUUCGCAACACUGUCCAUUGUGUCAGCAGCGUUUUCCCAGGGACAUGUCUAUAUUGGCGUACAUGAUUAACGUAGGCAGUUUUAUGCUAGGCAAACUGUGGAACUUUUGUAAUAUUAUGGCUUAUUAUUUGCUGCAAGAAUUGUUUUUGUGUACCCAAAUCCACACCUGUCAGUUGUCUGUCUGUCGUGUCUUUCAAGCAUAGCCACGUCCAUGUUCCAGUGAUGGAUGGAGCACAGGUGUGGUUUGGCUUCCUUUCCUCGCCUCCUCUCCUUUAUCUACUUUCAUGUGAGGAGCUGGAUAGGUCCAAUCAGUAGCUAGGGGCUUGAUUGCUGAAGGUAACUGAAGCGGUGGUUACCAUGGCGGCACACUUUGACACAGAGUACCAGCGCCUAGAGGCUUCAUACAGCGACUCUCCACCCGGAGAGGAGAACCUACUGGUGCACAUACCUGAUGGAAACAAGUCCCCGUGGCACCACAUAGAGAAUUUGGACCUGUUCUUCCAGAGGGUCUAUAACCUGCACCAGAAGAAUGGCUUCACCUGUAUGCUGCUGGGAGAGGUCUUUGAGCUGGUUCAGUUGCUGUUUGUGGUAGGGUUCACCGUCUUCUUGGCUAACUGUGUGGACUAUGACAUUCUGUUCGCUAACAAGUUUGUCAACCACACCGACUCCUCCAAAGUCACUCUGCCUGACGCCUUCCUGCCUGUGGACGUCUGCAGUGCAAGUAUCCGUGACAACGUGACAGUGAUGUUUGUGUUGAUGAUAUCUGGAGUGUUCUGGCUGCAUCGCCUCAUCAAGUUCAUAUACAACGUCUGCUGCUACUGGGAGAUACGCUCCUUUUACACCAACGCACUCAAGAUGAGCAUGGCAGAGCUGCCAUACUUCACAUGGCAGGAGGUUCAGGCCCGGAUCGUUGAGAUCCAGAAGGAACACCAGAUCUGUAUCCACAAGAAAGAACUCACAGAACUGGACAUAUACCACCGUAUCCUGCGCUUCAAAAACUACAUGGUUGCCAUGGUAAAUAAGUCCCUCCUUCCUGUGCGUUUCCGCCCGCCACUGCUCGGGGAGAGUGUGUUUUACACCCGCGGCCUCAAGUACAACUUUGAACUCAUCCUCUUCUGGGGGCCAGGCUCUCUGUUUGAGAGUGAGUGGAGUUUGAAGCCGCAGUAUAAGAGAGGUGGUAACAGGUUGGAGCUGGCAGACAAACUGGCAUCACGUAUACUGUGGAUCGGCAUCGCUAACCUCUUACUCUGUCCUGUCGUACUGGUCUGGCAAAUACUGUAUGCCUUCUUCAGCUAUACAGAGGUGAUAAAGCGUGAGCCAGGUAGUUUGGGAGCGAGGUGUUGGUCUCUGUACGGUCGAUGUUACUUUCGCCACUUCAAUGAGCUCGACCACGAACUGAUGUCACGGCUCAGCAAGGGCUACAAAGCGUCCUCUAGGUAUAUGAACUGCUUCCUGUCCUCGUUGCUGACGGUGGUGGCUAAGAACGUGGCGUUUUUUGCUGGCUCCCUAUUGGCUGUCCUCAUUGCUCUGACCAUCUACGACGAAGACGUCCUCGCCGUGGAACACGUCCUGUCAUCCAUCACCCUGCUGGGAGUGUGUAUCACUGUCUGCAGGUCUUUUAUCCCAGAUAAACACCUGGUUUACUGUCCAGAGCAGCUGCUCAGGGUGAUUCUGGCUCACAUCCACUACAUGCCAGACCACUGGCAGGGCAACGCUCAUCGCUACGAGACACGAGACCAGUUCUCACAGCUCUUCCAGUACAAGGCUGUGUUUAUCCUAGAGGAGCUGAUCAGCCCCCUGGUGACUCCCUUCAUCUUGAUCUUCAGUCUGAGGAGGAAGUCUCUGGAGAUCAUUGACUUCUUCAGGAACUUCACCGUGGAGGUGGUAGGGGUGGGAGAUACCUGCUCCUUCGCUCAGAUGGACAUCAGACAGCACGGACACCCCGCGUGGAUGUCUGAGGGGAAGACAGAGGCAUCUAUUUACCAACAGGCGGAGGAUGGAAAGACUGAGCUUUCCCUGAUGCAUUUUGCCAUCACCAACCCCCAGUGGCAGCCCCCCACUGAGACCACUCACUUCAUCAGCCAGCUGAAGGAGAGAGUACAGAGAGAGGCUACAGGAGACAGACACACUCUCACCUCACUGUCAGAGUCAGCGCCAAGGAGUCUGAUAGCUAACUUCCUGGCAGGUCCCCCCUCAUUGGCCUCUCUUCAUCUGGGGCAGGACGGCUUCUUGACCAAUCACGGGGCGGUGGGUGUUAGCGACGGGGCGUCAGCCUUGCGCUCCCUCUCAGUCAGCAGCAUGAGGGGCAGCUGUAGCUCCGCCCAUAGGUCAGCCGGACACGCUUCUUCUGCAAGCAGAGCCAUGGCGGGAUCAAGUACUGAUGCUCGAACUGCUAGUUCAGGCAGUAGUGUGUGGGAAGGUCAACUGACAAGUCUUGUCCUAUCAGAAUACGCCUCCACGGAGAUGAGCAUCCACACACUCUAUAUACAUGAGCUCCAUAAGCAGCAGUCUGGAGGGGAGUUGUCCCGGCACACCUGGCACAGGCAGGACAGUGACGACAGUAGUGACAGCAUCACCGAGGAGGGGGGUUCAGGGUCAGGGAACACUAACCUCCGAAACCCCAUCCCCCGCUCACACACCUUCCCUAUCUCCACCCCUAUCUCCACCCCUGGCCCUAUCCCCAGCUCUAACUCGGGCCCUAACCCUGACCGAGGUACCACUCCGGGACAGGAAGUGGCACCACUCCAGAGCAACAGCCAGCGUCGCUACGGGGGGAACACGAACUCUGUCGGCCCUGGGGGCAGAGUGGUGAGUUCGGCGCGUGUGCCCAUGGGGGGUUGGGCAGAGGAGGGACGAGGAGGCCGACACCCCGACACUGUACCUGAGGAGGGCUCAGAGGACGACAUGCCUCCCAACAUACACAAGGUGACGUAACUGACCAGGGAGACCCCACCCCCCCUCCUUCGCAAACAAACCACACAUCCUCAUCCUACCAGAGAAGAACUUCCUGCUCAUCUGUGAACUUUUGACCAUGGCUUCACCUUUGACCCCAGGUGGUUAGACCUGUGGGAUAGCAGAAUGCCGUGUUAUUCACUCUGGGCUAGAGAAAAACAAUCGAGUAACAGUGUGAAGAUUACAAGGACUUCUUCUUGACACCCUCUGUGGAUGACACUUCAGCCAAUCAAGUGACGGUGGUUGAUGACUUCAUCAUAACUGACAGCAUAGAAACCGUAUCAUAUUUGUUGGCUUUUAUAGUUGCCUUCUAGACACUAAUCUAAGGCCAGCUUUAUGGUUUGUCGCCAUAAUGGUUAAGGUUAGGAUUUAGGGAGGAUAAACUGAUCAUAUCUGUGCCUAAGGGCAACGUCUAUCCAGAGAUUACUUUUUCUUCUUGCAUUCGUUUGCAAAUCACGUGUGGGUGUAAACUGCAAUUAAUGUACAUUUUUAAAGAUAACAGACAAGUUUGUCAUUUUUUUAAAUUCUUUGUUUUUUCUAUUUGUGCUGCUUAUAUUUAUUGCACUUUCAGAGAAAAAUGGUGGUGUGUGUGUGUGUAUAUAUAUAUAUAUAUAUAUAUAUAUAUAUAUAUAUAUAUAUAUAUAUAUAUAUAUAUAUAUAUAUAUAUAUAUAUAUAUAUAUAUAUAUAUAUAUAUAUAUAUAUAUAUGCACAUGUGUGUGUGUGUGACGUGACAUGACAGGAGAGCGGACCUCCACCAAAGUAUGACUGCAUUGGCACGAGGAAUCCUUUUGGGUUUGGGUGGUAGAUUGGGUGAUAGUGUUGUACAAAGAUCUCAUAGACAUGAAGCAGGCACUAUAGUAGGCACUAUACACCGUGUGCGUAGACAUACUGUUGUAAUUCAAAUCAGGACAUUGGACUAUUCUAAGUAUACCAUUGAGGUGUAGAUAGUUAAUAAAUAGAGAUAUACAAUAAACACAUCAUAGUUAUUGUUUUUGUUUCAUACAAACACUAUUUAAUUAAAGAAAGCAAACUUACCAGGCUGGUUGGAACAUGUAACUUCAGCCUCUUCAGUGCCAUAUUUAAGCGCUUAAAGCAGCAAACCACAGUUGAAAUGAUAACGCACCCCCUAUCACUGUUUCAGUAAAUGGUUGAAGGAUGGGGCUGGAGAAAUGUAACCACUCAAAAUCCUAGACGGAGCUGUGGAUGCAAGGACUUACCAUCCAUUCUGUUUUAACCAUGUUUUGAGGCUAUACAGUGUUUGUUUACAUUUACAAAUGUAUAUUUUGGCUUCUGAUGGGGUGUGACAGUGGAACUAAGCUCAUGGUGCAUUUAUAAGUUCUACUCUCCAAGAAUCAAUGGGUUUAUAUCCAAGAUGGAUUUAAGUCCAAAAAAUGUAUAUAGUAACUGCAGAUUGCCCCUUUAAGCACAACCAUCCCAUAACUAUACAGCAAUGAACCUUCAAUCGACACUAACAGCUGGAUAGAAUAGUCAGCAUCAGGCCAACUGCAUGUUUUUUCUGCCCAACUGUCUGGGGAAGAAAGAGAAUGCACCUUAUUGACUUUUAUUAAAUCCAAAGGAUGUCACUUAUCAUUGUUAGUAUAUUAAUUUCGAUCAGUUCAUAUUUGUAUGACUUUAUUUUAACCAGGGCUUGUGCCACCUUCAGAGAGUUGAGGUUGAGAUGCAUGGUGAUUUACAGGUGAUUGUUUUUUGUUGUUCACACUGAUUCUGGACUCACAAGUAGACUAGCCUGGUCCCAGAUCUGUUUUAAGUGCUGUAUAACCAGCCCAAUAUGGUCGACCAUACAGCACUAACAGAUCUGGGACCAGGCUAAAGAUGACAGAUGCUUUCAAUAGAUACUGUCAGAGACUACAGCUGGGUAUUCAUUUCUAGAAGGCAAGCUCUGCAGCGCUGCUCGCUUUAUUGAUUGAUAUAUUAAUGUAAUUGAGUGGCCAGCCAGAGAGUCCAAUCUGAAUCAGAUCCUGGGUAAAAAUAGAAGGCAGACCUGGAGGAAUGGAUUUGCAUAAUGUAAAGGGUCUCCUGGGACACAGUGGUACAAGUUUAACAAGGUACUAGGAUGCCUGAGCUGACACAUAUAGCCUAUCUGUUUUUGUUUUUAUAGAUUGUCCUGUAAAUUGCCAUUUUGUACAGUUGUAAAUCAUCAAUAAAAAUGUAUUUAAUAACUUUA